AUGUUGACAAAAAAUAAUUUAGUGAAUAUCGUGAAUUCAAUAAAUUUAGAUUUCACCUUGAUCACUUCUUUCGCGAUAUUAAAAUUAUCAAAUUUACUACCUAAUCUAGAGGAAAUCAGUUUACGCGGUUGUCAAAGAAUUUCUUUAAGAGGUUUAGGUCAAGAUUUAUCUUGGUCCGCUUAUUUAAAAUUAAAAAAAUUAAAUGUCAUCUGGUGUAAAGAUAUGGAUCCAAGAUUAAUCUUUAAGCAAAAUGUAUUUAAUAAUUUUAAUGGAAUUAAUUAUUAUAAAGAUAUCUUAAAUAUUUUUAAAAAUUCUUUACCUACCAAAGUCGAACUUGAUAUAGAUGUUUGCGAAAGAUGUGAGGAACAUAUCAAGUUUUGGAUAAAUUGUGCUUUAUGCAAACUUCCAAAAACCUUUUGUAUGAGUUGCGAUCUAAUUCAUGGAUGUCUGGAUUGUUUUAAAUUUUAUUGUUGUAUUUCAACUUCGCCACAAAAUUCCUCUUCAAUUUCACUACCAUUAACUUCCUCUCAACAAACUUCUUCAACAGCAUCUUCACAACAAACUUUAACUUCUUCAACUUCAACAGCAUUUCCACAAAAUUCUUCAUUAACUUCUUCUCUUUCAUUACAAACAAAAGAUUUAAUUUCUUCCUCACCAUCUAUUUCAUUAAUUACACAACCAUCCGAAUUAAAUUCACCUUCAACAUCUUUAUCUAAAUCUUUGAAUUCAAUUCAACUCUCCACCACUACCACUUCUUCCACAUCUACCACAACAACUUUUACAACAAUUUUAUUGUUAACCAUGGAAAAUACUAUCACCAAAAAAAGGAAAGACAAGGAAGAGGAGAGCCCUAUAAACAUAGAUAAGUGGAAAAAUAAUAUUGAUGAGCAUAUUUAUCAACCUUGGAUGAUGAAUCUAUCCAUGCUCACAUCUAUAAAGCGAGAAGAUG